AUGUCCCCUCUCCUUCAUGGAACCUCAGUCUUGGACUAUGAUGUGAGCAGCCCAGAAGAGCAGUGCCUGGAACCUCCUGCUGCCAAGGUCUCCGCGGUCGUGCUGUUAAGAGAACCCGAUGAGAUUCUGACACCAAGCCAGGCUAUCGAGAAGGUACAACCCCCAGCCAGCGCCCAGCUGAUGUUGCCACCGCCCCCUCCUGUGCCGGUUGCCGCUGGGAACCCUGAUCAAGUCGAUCUGGGCAGUGGUGUUUCAAUGACGGCAGCGCAGUUUAAUCACUGCGCUGAUAAAUCUGACACCGAUUCAAAAUUUGUGAGAAAUGCUUGCCUGGCAAUGUGGACAGAAGAAGAGCUCCUUGCUCGGAGCGUGACAGGGAACCGCUCCCGGCGUUUCCUGAACCAGGGUCCGGAGGAGGACGCCAAGCUACCUAUGACCCCGAAGAAGCUGGAGGCAGUUCGAGUGGCCUUUGGCUUCUUCAUUGGUGAAGGGCCAGAAGAAGUUGUAAAAAAAAGAAUGGCCAAAAUGAAUUCUUACGUUGCAACGUACCUGCAAGAUAAGAGAAGCAGGGUGAAGAAGGAGCUCAAGAAGAGGGCAGCAGCAGCGAUGGCGGCAGCGCAGGCACCCACAAGCGAGCUAGUGGUGGCAGCAUCGCGUACCUAA